CUUGUGCGACUCACGCGCUGCUCACCUGCCUCAUCUGGGAUGCUUUGCAAGCCGCUGUAAGGUCGGAAUGUCGCGGACUCCGUUCUUCAGGAAAGAUGAACCAGCUGUGCAAGGUGUGCGGGGAGCCAGCGGCCGGCUUCCACUUUGGAGCUUUCACCUGCGAGGGCUGCAAGUCAUUUUUUGGACGAACUUACAACAACAGAUCCUCAAUAUCGGAAUGUAAAAACAACGAUAAAUGCGUAAUCAAUAAGAAAAAUCGGACGGCGUGCAAAGCGUGCAGAUUACGAAAAUGUAUUCUUGUGGGAAUGUCGAAGAGUGGAUCCCGUUAUGGGAGACGUUCGAAUUGGUUCAAAAUUCAUUGCCUUCUCCAAGAGCAGCAGCAACAGGGUGCUACAAACAUUGCGGCCGCUGCAAACCUCCUCAGGCCGCACCCUUACCUACCAAUGUUCCGAAAUCCUCAGCUUUCCAGGGACACGAGAAGCUCGGAGUCAGAUAGUGGUGCUUCAUCGGCGGAUCCCGAGGAUGAUCUUAGGUCCACGAGUUCUUUGGGGUAUAUGAAACUAUCUUCGUCGCCGUCGAGCGAAAGGGAUUGGUCGUCGAGUGGUUCUUCGAGUAAAAAAAUACCGGCGUCGGUGAGUGACACUGAGUGCUUCAGUAGACGAAAGUUCGUGGGUUCUUUAAAUAAUGUGCCACCAGCGUCGCCCUCAUCCUUACCAGCCACGUCACCGAGUGGAAUUGUUCCGAGAUGGUUACCUCCGACUCAAACCACCGCCGAUCCUGCGCUUUGGAGAGACCUUUGGAUUAGAGCGCCGUUAACAAUAGCAACUCAAGCUCUGAAUCAAGAAGAACCUAUAGAUUUAUCAUUAAAAGACAAAAAAGAACCGACACCUCCUUCGAGAGCGCCGAUUGACGGCUCCUCGUCUUCCGAACUAAGCAUAGAAGUAUGUGUUGAAGAAUCGGUGAAGUCAGUGCCUUUAGAUUUAACUUUAGACCGACAAACUGAUCCGUCGUUAGUUACAAACUAGGAUUAACAAAAGAAAUUUUUAAAUCAAAAAUAUAAAGUAAAUAAAAUAAAUAAAACGCAGGUUGUGAUCGAUCGUAAAUCAGAUUUUAUUAUUAUAUUUUUUUACAAAAAAAAAACAAAAUAGAAAGUUUAUUUUUAUAUAAAUAUAUUACCUUUAUAUUGUAUUUGUACUACGUAAUUGUAAUUAUUGGACCAUGUUCCUUUUUGCAACUCGACUAUGUAUUUUUUUUUAACGGAGCUCAAGCGUGAAAGAUGCCAGUUUUCAACUUGCGCGGCAAUUUUUACACUUGCCUCGUAAGAAAAUCACGUUGAUGUGAGUACCUGAUGCGUAAAGUGCUUGCCUAAUACGAUUCCUUCUCGAAACUGUUAAUAGUAGCAGAUAAACGUAUUUAUUGUAUUCUACUUUUUUAUACUUUAAGGUCAGUUAUGGGGUAAUACUUCAGAGUUUAUUAUUUUUUUUUGUAUAUUUUUGCUGUUAUCGUGUAUAAUACUUCAAUAAAACUCGUUCGACAUUUUCUAUAAUUCUCCAAUUGCCAUUAUUUUUAAAUAAAUGUGUCUAAAAUCGAUUGUUAUAGUAUACCUACGAAUGAUUUCCAGAAUUCCAGUAUAAGUAUUAGUUUACUGGCCAGUAAAAAGUGCCUUAUGUUAUACAUAAAAUAUUUUUGCUUUUUUGUAAUAAAAAUGUUUUGUUAGAA